UUCACCUGCCUCGUCGCCUCGAUCGGGAGUUUCCAAUAUGGUUGGCACGCCGGGAGUACAUCGAUUGUGAUGGACGUUAUGCGCUGUUCAGCCUCGGAUCCUAACUCUUCACACACCUUAUCGAGUUGUUUAAACAUGAACACGGACGUGUGGGCAUUCUUCAAUGCAUCUUUCGCAUUGGGCGGGUUAUUCGGUGGUAUCGUCGCGAGUCUGUUCAUGGGGCGAAUGGGCCGAAUACAGGCAUGCCACAUAUGCAACGCCCUCUUCGUCAUCGCCGCGCUCCUCCUCUCCAUAGCCCCGCACCCUGCCGUCCUCACCCUCGGCCGCUUCAUCGCCGGUAUUGCCGCCGGCGCACAAUCAAGUAUCGUACCAACCUACGUCGCCGAGAUAUCACCACCCAAAUGGCGUGGUGCGUUGGGGUGUUCGUUUGGAUUCCAGCUUAGUACGGGAGUGCUUGUUGCGCAGUUGUUGAGUAUUGUGCUGAAUUUUAGGCCGGGGUGGAGGGUGUUGUGUGGUUUGACGGGGGUAUGGGCGGGGGUGAUGAGUGUGGGGUUUUUGUGGUGUCCGGAGGGACCCAGGUAUCUAGUCAUGAGUGGGAAGAGGGAGGAAGCGAGGAGAGCAUUGAUGCGGCUGCGAGGAUCGGAUCCAGUGGGUGUGGAGGGGGAGUUACAAGCCAUUAUCCGCGGUAUCGAAGCUGAACAGUCUGGGCGGGAGGACAGCAAGACGCUGUCGUUGAUGGGUAUCAUGCGUUCGCCGGUGCUGCGGAAACCGUUGUUUUUGGCGGGAAUGAUUCACCUUGCUCAGCAAUUAUCGGGGAUUAACCCGAUCGUUGGGUAUGCCGCGCAACUAUUCUCGCGCUUCAUGGCGCCCUCGACAGCGAUGUGGUUAGCUGUUGCAUUGACGGGGUGUAACAAUAUGGGCAUUGUCGUGUCCUCAACACAGAUGAAUCGGGUUGGGAGGAGACGCUUUUUCUUGAUUUCUGUGACGGGCAUGGCAGUGUCGAUAGGGCUGGUUGUCAUGUUUGCACAACUGAACAAGAACGCUGCAGCAACGGUCCUUCUUCUCAUCGCCAUCUGUUUCUACGCACUCGGCCUCGGUCCAAUCCCCUGGCUCAUUACCUCCGAGCUCUUCCCUGCAACAGCUAUUGGCUCUGCGUCAUCUUUUGCCGCAACAGUCAACUGGACGUUCAACUUCGUUCUCACGUACGCGUUUGCUGAUAUGCAGAAUGGGAUGGGUAAUUGGAGUUUGUUGGUGUUUGCAGGAGGGUUGAUGGUGGUUGGGGUGGUUUUGGGAGGAACGAUGCCGGAAACUACGGGGAGGGGGGUUGAGGAGGUU